AUGCCGGGGUUGUCAGGAUUGACCAUGAGCAGCGGCUACUUCACCCCUCCACCUUACGCCGACGCUGAGUACACCGUUCUCCCGGGCACAGUCGUUAACGCGACUCACUACUCGGUGACGGCUCUUUGCAAAGGCUGCACGUACUGGGCGCCAUUUGGCAACGAGCCGACAUCCCUGGACCCUAAUUCGGAGAACUACCUGGCUUUCGCCUACUCCAGUGUGCCCGUCGAUGACCGCGCCUCCAAUGAAACGACCUUUGGCAUCCACGAGCGUGUGGGACACUGGAUGCACAACUUCGAGAUCGCAAAAGCAGCCGACUUCGAAUUGUGGGCUCGGGGCGACGGCGGCGAGGAGGAGCCACCGGUUAGCACGGUAACCCAGACUACACUGUUGACGACCUUCUCGACAUCGACGUUUCGUAGUACCACCACCUUGCAAACCACAGUCACUAGCACAGGAUUCCCUCCAGGCGACAGCAGCACUGUCACUGCCUCAGCUUCGCGUUCCACUGUAACAUCAUCCGCUGUCGCAUCCAGCGCCCCCGUGCUCCCCGUUCCUUCUUCGUGCUCCGGCGUAGGCCCCUUCAGGUUCGGAUACCAGAUCGCCAGUGGCUGGAAAGCCGUUAAGCUGGCCGGCUCACUCACCGGCCCCCGAGGUGUGGCGGUCGACUCGGAAGGCAACCUGCUCGUCGUGCAGUCGGGCAAGGGUGUCACGGUUCACACCUUUGGGUCCAACGGCUGCAUCUCAUCUACGAAAACCCUGAUUAGCAACCCCUCACUCAACCAUGGCAUCGGCUUGACCCCAGACGGCAAGACUUUGUACGUCAGCUCCAUGACUACCGCGUGGUCGUACGCAUACGACGCGAAGGCGCAGGCCGUGAGCGGCCAGACCGUCGUCGUCAAGAACAUGCAGCAGGGAGGCCACCCGACGCGCGCCCUACUGAUCCCGCCCGCGACGCCGCAUCUCCUCGUCAUUCAGCAGGGUUCGUACAGCAACUUUGACUAUGACUCGCUCAACAAGGCCGUGGCGCGUGCUGUGGUUAAGGUAUUUGACAUGCGAAGCAUCCCGUCCGGUGGCUAUGCCUACGCCUCUCAGGGGUGGCUUCUGGGCUACGGUCUGCGUAACGAAGUUGCUCUUGCGGCUGACGGAAAUAAUGCGAUCUGGGGUGUGGAAAACAGCGGCGACGACUUCGCCCGCACAGUCAACGGUCAAAGCUACGAUAUCCACAACGACAAUCCGGCAGAGGAGCUCAACUUGCUCGGCGACCCUUCCAAGGCAAACGAGCAGUGGUACGGAUACCCGACUUGCUUCUCUGUCUGGGAACCAUCCGUCAUCACCGACAAAAGCUUCAAGGUCGGCCAGCAGUUUGUCGUCGCACCCAACAGCACCUUCAACGACGACACUUGCACACAGCGCUCUGUCCCUCCGAGACUGUCGAUCCAGGCGCACAGCGCCCCGAUCGGCGCCGUCUUCGACAGCACCUUUCAGAACUUGUACAUGACUCUUCACGGAUCCUGGAACAGGGCACCCGCGACGGGAUUCAAGGUUUCAGUCGUCCCUUUUACGAAGCUCGCGAACGGAAACUAUGACCCCGUCGCGGCGGCGGACUCCAAGACUGGCUACACUGACAUUUUCUGGAGCACCAAUGUUGGCAGCUGCACGGGUUCGACGUGUUUUAGGCCUUCGGGCAUUACUUGGGACCGUUCCUAUUCAAGAAUGUUCGUUGCCAGUGACAAUACUGCCGAGGGAGAACUAUUUAUGCUCGUAAAGUCUUGA